AUGUUCUCCACCUUCACCCACGCUUCCACCUACGGCAAGUCGGCCGGGCGCCGGUCGCUCUGGUCUGGCAAGUCCAAGUCCAAGUCCAUCGAGAAGAGGCGGAUUGGCAGCCCCCGUUUGAACCAGUGGUCCCCGCUCGUGCCGCGCCCCAAGAAGGAGGUCGGGCUCCAGCUCAUUCCGCUCCGUGACGCGGGUCUGCGGGAGGAGCUCGUGCGCGGCAUAGACCCCAUCAAGAUGACCACGACGAGGACCUCGACGGACGACCACCUUUGGAUCCAGGAUCAGGCGUCGGCGAGGCUGACUGAGGGUUUGGAUGACCCGACGACGUCAGCCUCCCCGGCAUUGCCACGGAAGUAUCGUCUCUCGCUUGGGUCGUCGUUGCUUCACUGUUCGUUCAUCGCUUUCUCCCCUUUCCAAGCAGGUAUCCACCCCUUCAGCAUGCGACCGACAAGGACAACGAACGACCCGACCCGGACCGACCAGGCGUGGAUGGGACAGGCUGAGGGAUUGAUCACCCCUCGUCAAGUCAGCCUCCCGAAGAAUCUCCUCCGUUUCUGUCAUGUGCUCUAG